AGUAAUCGUCGGUCGACUCCGGGGUGGGCCGCGGCCGCUGCGGGUCUCUGAGAAGCCCGAGACCAGCGCGGUAUACCCUGGAGGCGGGUCGGAGGCUGGCCCGAGACUCCACCCGCCGCUGGAGCUGGAAGGAAAGCAGGAAGAGCUGGGCUAGAUUCAGUGUUGUUAAAUCCUGCGAAUUCACACUUUCUUAAAAAAAAUGAAGAAAUUAAGGCUUAAGGAACUAGAAAGUCGCCUGCAACAAGUGGAUGGAUUCGAAAAGCCCAAGCUACUUCUAGAACAGUAUCCAACCAGGCCGCAUAUUGCAGCAUGUAUGCUCUAUACAAUCCAUAAUACAUAUGAUGACAUUGAAAAUAAAGUGGUUGCAGAUCUAGGAUGUGGUUGUGGCGUUCUUAGCAUCGGAACUGCAAUGUUAGGAGCGGGGUUGUGUGUUGGAUUUGACAUAGAUGAAGAUGCGUUGGAAAUAUUUAAUAGGAAUGUGGAGGAGUUUGAGUUAACAAAUGUUGACAUGGUUCAAUGUGAUGUGUGCUCAUUAUCUAACAGAAUGUCCAAGUCAUUUGAUACAGUAAUUAUGAAUCCUCCUUUUGGGACCAAAAAUAAUAAAGGGACAGAUAUGGCAUUUCUGAAGACUGCUUUGGAAAUGGCAAGAACAGCAGUAUACUCUUUACACAAAUCCUCCACUAGAGAUCAUAUUCAAAAGAAAGCUACAGAAUGGAAAAUCAAGAUAGAUAUUAUUGCAGAGCUGCGAUAUGACCUGCCAGCAUCAUACAAAUUUCAUAAAAAGAAAUCAGUAAGUUUCUUGAUUCCGGCUUAUCUACAUUCAGUACUGAAGAACUUUUCAAUAAGUAAUUAUUUCCAAUGUUAUCAAGUUGCCUGAGUAAAUAAAGGAAGCUAGCACAGGAGACAGAAUAAUUAUCGAUGGGAUAACAGCCAAUAUUCUGGUUUAAGGUAUUCUUUCUCAAAUGCUUUAGGCACAAAAAUAAAAAACUAAUUUUUUGCUCUUUUUUAUAUAGUACAUAUUUUAUUAGUUUGUACUAAUACAUUUUCAUAUUACAAAGGCAAUUUAGUGGAAGUCUUGAUAUCUGAAUCAUUUGAAAUAACACAAACAACUAUACAUUAAAAAAAAAAUCUUCAUUUGGAUAACAAAAAGACAAGUUAAAAACAAAAAAUUUUCCUUUCUUACAGGUUGAUAUUGAAGUGGAUCUAAUUCGGUUUUCUUUUUAAAAGCCUCUAAAGACAAAAGCAGCUUAAAACCUAAUUAAGAUGAAUAAAAAAAUUUUUUACUAAACUACUGGUCUCCA